UUUUAAUUUCAGUGUGGGUACUGUGAUGGAAUCUGACAAAUACACAGUGCAUCAAGGCCUGCAGAUGGAAGGUAUCCCUCAAAGACCUCUUCAGGUGUGGAUAUGUGGCCAUUCUUAUGUGCACUGGUCAUCAAAAAGAGCUAUUGAAAUAGGAGCACAAAAUCUGUGGCAAAGUGAGUCCGAAAUUAUGGUGUCCUGGGUCGGAAAAAGAGGCUUGCGCUGGGAAGGUCUGCUAUGCCUGCUGUCUGAGAAAUAUGUCUGCAGUGAAGAACCAGAUAUUGUAAAACUGCAUCUGGGUGGAAAUGACCUAACCACAUGCCCUCUUGUUGAUCUGAAAGGGGAAAUCAUGAACAUUUUGUAUAAACUUCUUACAUGGUGGCCUAAAAUGCAUAUCAUAUGGUCAGAUAUCAUACAAAGGUUGGACUGGAAGGGUGCACGUAGCAUUAAGGCCAUUGAGAAAAUUCGGAGACUGCACAAUAGCUUUAUGUGGGGACAGAUGGAGCUGUGCAAAGGAUCUGUGAUUCACCAUACAUCCAUAAAAGCUCGGUUACCAGAGUUAUACUGUUAUGACAGCAUUCACCUUAGUGACAGUGGACUUGAUUUAUUUAUAUGUCAGUUGAGAGACUCUGUACAGUUUGCAAAAACAAAACCGCACAAGUGUCCUUUAUGUUAAAUAAAUGUGCUGGCAAAGCAUUCAGGAUCAUGUGUGAUU